CUCGUACGAAUGUACGGAGGGCUUUUGCCCUAGCUGCCGAGCUCCAAGAGCUCGAUGGAAGAUCGAUCUGCUGCCGACGCCGCCGUGAUGGAGCGCGGCAAGAAGAUCGGCAGCACUGGCGUCGGCGGCGGCGCGCUCGUCAGUGGCAGCGGCAAACGCGCAUUCGGCACUGUUCUUGCGGCGCUCAUCCUGUGCCUCAUCGGGAUCAUGGCAUUCUCGAUCCGCCUCUUCUCGGUUAUCAAGUACGAGAGUGUCAUCCACGAAUUCGAUCCGUAUUUUAACUAUCGGGUCACGAAGUACCUUACAAAGGCUGGAAUCUACGAGUUUUGGAACUGGUUUGACGAUCGGACUUGGUAUCCACUUGGCCGUGUCAUAGGCGGCACAGUGUACCCCGGGCUCACGAUAACAGCGGGAACAAUGUGGUGGAUCUUAAACGCAUUCAACAUCCCUCUGUCUGUUGAGACAGUCUGUGUGUUCACGGCUCCCAUUUUCUCAUCGUUUGCGGCAUGGGCGACAUACUUGCUAACUAGCGAAGUCAAAGGACGAGGUGCUGGCCUAACAGCUGCUGCACUUCUCGCAAUGGUCCCGUCCUACAUCUCUCGGUCUGUAGCGGGAAGUUAUGACAAUGAAGCGGUUGCUAUCUUUGCUUUGAUAUUCACAUUUUACCUUUACGUUAAGACGCUGAAUACAGGAUCUCUUUUCUAUGCAACGCUCAAUGCCCUUGCCUAUUUCUACAUGGUUUGUUCCUGGGGAGGUUAUACGUUUAUCAUCAAUUUGAUUCCGAUGCAUGUCCUCCUAUGUAUUGUGACUGGGAGAUACUCAUCACGGUUGUAUAUAGCAUAUGCACCUUUGGUUAUACUCGGAACACUUCUGGCCGCCUUGGUUCCUGUUGUUGGCUUCAACGCUGUUAUGACGUCUGAGCAUUUUGCGUCCUUCUUGGUUUUUGUAAUUAUCCACGUAGCAGCUCUUGCACACUACAUUAAACGAGUACUAAGCCCCAAACAAUAUAGCACAGCGGUGUCAUUUGUUAUCACUUUUGGCAUGGCGGGAGCUGCUGCUUUAAUAGCAAUACUGGCCGCAAUGGUAGCUGCGAGUCCCACGAAAGGCUGGAGUGGGAGAAGCUUGAGUCUACUUGAUCCGACUUAUGCGAGCAAGUACAUUCCUAUAAUAGCCAGUGUCAGUGAACAUCAGCCGCCGACAUGGCCAUCCUACUUUAUGGAUAUCAAUGUGCUCGCUUUUCUCGUUCCAGCUGGUAUUAUCGCAUGUUUUCUUCCUCUUUCCGACUCGAGCUCGUUCGUCGUGCUGUACCUGGUGACUUCAGUCUACUUUUCUGGUGUCAUGGUGCGGCUGAUGCUUGUGCUGGCUCCAGCAGCUUGUGUUCUAUCAGGAAUUGCCUUGUCGGAGGCAUUCGCCGUCCUCACUAGAUCGAUCAAAUAUCAAGACUUAUCGGAGAGCGCUGCAGUAGACAGCACUGCAACACUGAACAGCACGAAUGAAAACGAAGCUAGCGUUAAGGAAGUGAAGGACAAGGCGCCGAAGAGAGGCAAAAAGAAAACUGUGGAGAAAGAAGUGGAGAAAAAGCGAAAGAGGCUUCUUGGCUUGCCCAUGGAAGCAUCUGCCGUGGGCAUUCUUCUUCUCAUUAUAAUGGGGAGUUUCUAUGUGGUGCAUUGUGUUUGGGCUGCAGCAGAAGCAUACUCUGCGCCGUCAAUAGUUCUGACAUCACAGACUCCUGACGGUGGUUUACACGUUUUUGACGACUUCCGUGAAGCAUAUGCCUGGCUCAACCACAAUACGGGCGAGGAUGACAAGGUGGCGUCGUGGUGGGAUUAUGGCUAUCAAACGACAGCAAUGGCAAACAGGACUGUCAUUGUAGACAACAACACAUGGAACAAUACGCACAUAGCCACCGUGGGAACAGCAAUGUCUUCACCGGAGCGACAAGCUUGGGAGAUUUUCCAGUCACUGGAUGUCAAAUACGUCUUCGUGAUUUUCGGAGGUCUGGUGGGAUAUCCAAGCGAUGAUAUCAACAAGUUUUUGUGGAUGGUGCGGAUAGGGGGAGGGGUUUUCCCGCAUAUUAGGGAGCCUGACUAUCUCAGAGAUGGUCAUUACCGCAUUGACUCUCAGGCAACGCCAACGAUGCUAAACUGUCUCAUGUAUAAGCUCUCGUACUACCGAUUUGCGGAGGCGGAUGGUAAAGGAUACGAUAGAGUAAGAAGAACCGAGAUUGGGAAGAAGUACUUCAAGCUGAACUACUUCGAGGAGGUGUUCACGACGCAACACUGGAUGGUGCGCAUCUACAAGCUCAAACCUCCUCGGAACCUGGUGUCUGCUGUCAAGUCCAAGAAAAGGACGCAAAAGAAGAAGACAACACGCUGAAAUAAGUAGAGGAGCGAAUUUUUGCAGGCAAAGACUUUGGAAACUAAAUCUAAACUUGAAUCAGCUAAUUUAUCCAUACUCCACUCUCCCAUGAUGGUGAUUUGGAA